AUGCCUCGUUCUAGCUAUGUGUCGUUUAACGGGCCGUUCUCUGUCGAAGCCAAUGGCAUGCACAAUAUAGAGAUCUCAUAUGCUGGAGCACCAGAUGGGGAGCUUUCCAUCCACUACGGGUCAUGUGAUAUGGGCCACCAUACUGAAGCAAAUCAUUGCCUCGGAAAGACCCAUAUCGGAAGCCAUCCAUUAGCGAGGAGGCACGUAGGUUACGAAGAUAACCGGCCGACGAGGUUUGUAUGGUUGCCUCCGUCAGAUACACCGAGCGGCGGAUGCCUGCACGCGUAUAUGGGAGAAGAGCUACUGGGAAAGUCGGUGCCCGUAACGUUGAUGAGGAGGAAGGAACGUCGUGCUACCGCGUUUGCUGAUGUUGCCGAUCCGAUGGGGCCGUGGUUUGAUGGGGUUGCAUACUUGAAAGAGAAGGAGCCUGACGCUGUGUUUGUUGCACAAGCGAAGAACAAGACUGUUGGUAUCAUCGGCGGAGGCAUGUCAGGGCUCAUGACCGCGUAUCUACUCGAGUCCGUCGGAAUGACCAACUGGAAAAUCAUUGAAUCAUCAGGCCGAAUAGGCGGACGCGUGCACACAAGCUACCUGAAUGGAACCGCCCCAGAGGACUACCAGUACCAGGAGAUGGGACCCAUGCGGUUCCCCGUCAGCAUCUCGGGCCCGGAUACAAACGAGACGGUCCAGAUCCUCGACCACCGCAUGGUCUUCCAGCUUGCUGAUACGCUUAACGCUAUGAACGGCAACGAUUCUUCAUUGGCAGUGAACUUCAUCCCUUGGAUCCAGAGCAGCAGAAACACUCCAGUGUCUACCCCGGCCCGAAGGCCGGAUGGCACUGUGCCCUCGCGUGGUGAAGUGGCCGCCAAUCCUGAAUUGGCAAAUAAUGUUACCGCCACUUACUCCAACGCCACUGCGGUUGCCGAAGCUGCGGAAGCCUUCGAGGAGUGGCUAGGUUUGGACGAGGAGAAGAUGAGAUCAAUCGCAACAAACGUCUUCCGAGCCCACAAGCAGGCCGUCCAGGACGGAAACUUCAACUUCUCAGAGGCCCAAUAUCUACGUUAUGUACUGGGAGUUGACCUGAAUAUCACCGAUCAGGUUUCCUCGACAUCAAGCAACUACCCAUCCUGGGCUUACGACGACGUCUACUUCUCAGCCACAGAAUGGCGGACCAUUGACAAAGGCUUGAGCCGGUUACCAUACGCCUUCACGCCGCUCGUGGAGAACCGCACAAUGCUCAACACUCGUGUAGAGGAGAUGACCUGGGAUGCAGACGCGGAGAGGAUGUCAGUCCACUGGCGGUCCGGCGACCUCUUUUCCAUGGAGACGUCAUCUAUGGAGUUCGACUACACCGUCGUCUCCGUUCCCUUCUCCAAAGUCCGACUCUGGCGUCUCCCCUCCUUCACCUCCCUCCUCUCCCGCUCCAUCAACACGCUCAACUACCAGCAAUCCUGCAAAGUAGCCCUCCACUACUCCACGCGCUUCUGGGAGCACCUGGAACGGCCAGUCAUAGGCGGAUGUGGCAGCAGUAAUAUUCCAGGCGUGGGAAGUAUCUGCUAUCCCGCCUACGCAAUCAACUCAACCGGCCCCGGUGUUCUCCUCGCCUCCUACUCCUCCGGCACACCCGCCCGCACCCUCGGCAGCAUGACGGAAGAGCAGCACGUCGCCCUCGUCCAGCGCGCCAUGGUCGAGGUCCAUGGCCCCGUCGCCGCAGAGCAGUUCACGGGCAUCUACGACCGCAUCUGCUGGGAGAACGACGAGCACCAGGCCGGCGCGUGGGCGUCGCCGCUCGUCGGACAGCAGGAGCUGUAUCUGCCGGCUUACUACCAUACAGAGAAACAUACGGUGUUUGUAGGCGAGCAUACGAGCUUUACGCAUGCGUGGAUCUUCUCGGCGCUGGAGAGCGCGGUUAGGGGCACGGCGCAGCUGUUGUUGGAUAUGGGGCUGGUGGAGGAGGCGAAGGGGGUUACGCAGCAGUGGAUGGCGAGGUGGAUAUCUAUGUAA